AAAAAAUAAUCAAGCUAAAAAAAUUGCAAACUCUAUACAUACAAUAUUUGAGCAAGUAGCAAAUAAGAAUUGUUAUCCGGAAGAUGAAUCUAUAUUAAAAUCAAUUGAAUUUGGUAUUAAUAAUAAAUCUUUCUACUUUGAUGUUAAUGAAAAGAAUAAUGAUACCAAUAAAUAUAAAGCAAGAGCAGUUGUUAAAGCUUGUGAUAAAAGUCAAAUUACAUGUGAAGAAUAUCAUACUUUAGCUUCAAUUAGCUAUGAUUUGCCACAUGAAUAG